AUGGCAAAUUACCUCGCCUCCAUCUUUGGAACGGAACAAGACAAAGUCAACUGUUCCUUCUAUUACAAGAUCGGCGCGUGUCGACACGGCGACCGCUGCUCGCGCAAGCAUGUCAAACCUUCAUACUCGCAAACCAUCCUUCUCCCCAACCUUUACCAGAACCCGGCCUACGACCCCAAAAACAAGAUGAACGCCUCCCAACUACAAAACCACUUUGACGCCUUUUAUGAAGACUUCUGGUGCGAGAUGUGCAAGUACGGCGAAGUUGAAGAGGUCGUUGUGUGUGAUAACAACAACGACCACCUGAUCGGCAACGUGUAUGCGCGAUUCAAAUAUGAAGACUCGGCACAAGCGGCCUGCGACGCGCUCAACAGCAGAUGGUAUGCAGCGCGACCAAUCUACUGCGAGUUAUCACCUGUCACGGACUUUAGGGAGGCGUGUUGCAGGUUGAAUUCUGGAGAGGGAUGCGUCAGAGGCGGAUUCUGCAAUUUCAUCCACAGAAAAGAACCGAGCCCGGAAUUGGAGAGGGAGUUGGAAUUGAGCACGAAGAAGUGGUUGAAGAUGAGAGGCCGGGAUGAAAGAAGCGUGACCAGAAGUCCAAGUCCAGAGCCGACAAGGAAGAGAUAUUGA